AUGGCCUCCUCAACCGUGACCAACGGGUUCGCCGCGGUGAUCGGGCUCAAGAGCCCGAGCAAGCGCAAUCGCGUCCAAUCGCGCCGCACUCAGCGCGGCGUUCGAACCACCGCGCUGGGCCCCGACGGGAGGGAUCAGCCGUGGCACGACGGCCACAAGAACGAACACGCAGACGGCAAGGCGGAUCCCCUCUACUUCCCGCCGCCGAGAUCCCCGGACGACCUCUCGCGACGCGCGUCCCAGGCGGCGUCCUCAUUCACGGACAACAUCCCAAACGGCGAGGCCGUCCCGUCCUUCCCGCCCAACCCCGCGUCAACGCACCCGGAGAACGCCCAACCCGCCCCCGUCAACCGCGGCGUGUGCUGGUCCAACCUGCAAGACCUGGACGACGUCCCAUCCGAUGACGCCGUGUACAUACUCGUGUUUGGCGCGGGCACGGGCAGCGAGGGGCUGUACUCUCUCCAGGAGCGCACGAAGGACGACGUGCCGGUCGACAUAAUCCUCGCGUUCCCGACGCACGAGGACGCCGCGAGGUACGGCACCUUACUCGAAGCGGAGAUGGGCCGCGUGCCCGUCGUGGAGGCGGCGAGGCCGGAGGAUCUCAAGUACACGUGCCGAGAGGGCGGGUACCGGUGCAAGGUGGCCCGCAGAGGCGUCCUGCUGAUGCCGCCGGAGAAGACGGUGGAGGUGACGGACUGGGAGAGGACGAACGCGCUGAGGCAAGGGCAGUGGUCGGUGCAGGGGUUCGAGGAGCAGCUCAGCUCGGACAUGGAUGCGCAAAUCGCGGGUUUCGACGCGGGUGACAAGUCGCCCAACGUCGGCGUCCUCUCCGCGGCUGACUUCAAGGCGCAGUACGAGGCCGUCUGCGGGGACGUGGAGGACGACGAGGCGUGCGUUCUGCCGCCGGAUUACGACGAGGAGGCUGCGAGGCAACAGCUCAUGAAGAUGUUCAACCGCGGAGACUGGAACCCGUACUGACGAGGCGAUGUGUGAGAUGCGCAAUUUUUUUCUCGUCGGGAUCCGAACCUUCUGACGUUGGGGCGCGUGGCGCAGUCCACGACGUUCGGCGCCGUGUACAAAUCGGACUCCGGGGUUAUUAUUCAUGCCGAGGGCACGGUCGUGCUCGAGUUGUAUCAGUGCAGUUGGGCGUGGGCGGAGAGAAACGGUUGUUUCGGACUAAUAGACUCUAAAGUUUUUUAUGUCCACGCCCCCUUUACUU